AUCAAGGGGGCGGGUACACCUUAUCCUGCACUUUAUUUACUUUGUCUUAGAUAUGUCGCGUGUAGCCUUCAACCAAAGUCGCAUGUUCAUGCGCAAGUCCUUCGUCUCUACACCUAGCGCUUUCCGUGCCUUUUCCGCUGGACCUUCUCGUUUCCAACAACAGCAACAACAGAGUAAGAACACAACUCAUUUUGGUUUCCGCGAUGUUGCAGAGGAAGACAAGGAAUCACUUGUUCAUGAGGUGUUUGCUAAUGUUGCUAGCAAGUACGAUGUUAUGAACGAUGCCAUGAGUAUGGGUGUUCACCGUAUUUGGAAGGACGAAUUCAUUCGCUCCAUGGCACCUGGUCCCGGUACCAAGUUAUUGGAUGUUGCUGGUGGAACAGGUGAUAUUGCUCUUCGAUUUUUGGAUUACUGUAAGAAUGUGCAUCACGAUAACACGGCCACUGUCAAAUUAGUGGAUAUCAAUCCCCACAUGUUGGGCGAAGGAGAAAAGCGAUUCCAGAAGACAGCCUAUGCCAACACCAAUCAAGCCAGUUUCCUUGUACAAAAUGCUGAACACCUUGAUGAGAUUCCCGAUGAAUCUGUCGAUGUAUAUACCAUUGCUUUUGGUAUCCGUAACUGUACUCAUGUUGAUAAAGUGGUAAAGGAAGCUCAUCGUGUGUUAAAGAAGGGUGGUCGUUUCAUGUGUUUGGAAUUCAGUAAAGUCGAUAACCCUGUGAUUGGAAAGUUCUAUGAUAUUUAUUCCUUUGAUAUUAUUCCUGCAUUGGGUCAAGCCAUUGCUGGUGACCGUGAUUCAUACCAAUACCUUGUAGAAAGUAUUCGUCAAUUCCCUCCUCAAGAAGAAUUUGCUCAAAUCAUUCGUGAUGCUGGUUUCAAGACCAUUGGCAAGGGUUAUGAGGAUCUCACUUUUGGUGUUGCUGCUAUUCACAGCGGCUUCAAAAUCUAAAAAAUAUUUUUUGUUUACCUUUUGUACAGCUUGUUUUUUAUUAGAUACAAUAAAAUAUACAUUAAAAAAAAAUAGAAUU